GAAAUUUUUAAGAGCUACUGGGAACAUAGUGCAACAACCAGGAAUGAAGUGGACUUAGGAACAUGAAGUUACGGAUAUCCAUUCUUCUGACGCUGCUUUCCAUGAACAUUGUCCGUGGUGGUGAGGGCUAUUAUCCCGAACGGUAUCAGAAACAAUCCAGUGUGAAGGGGCCACCUUUCUUACCAUUCAUUACAAAAAGCCAUGUUUUACAGGCAAGGGGAGAGCAAGGCCCACCUGGCCCAAGAGGGCAACCAGGCCCUACAGGGUCACCAGGAAAACCGGGGUAUGGAAGCCCAGGACCUCAAGGACCACAAGGUCCCCCUGGACCACCAGGACUUCCUGCUGUUGGAAAGCCAGGCCUGCCAGGAGUGCCAGGAAAACCGGGUGACAGAGGAUUACCGGGUGAAAGAGGAGAAAUAGGACCUGCUGGUCUCCCGGGGCCAAGAGGGUUACCAGGAGCCUCUGGAAUUCCUGGUCCAGCAGGGAUUUCUGUUGCUGGUAAACAAGGACCCUCAGGGCCACAAGGGCCCAGAGGUAUCCCUGGAGAAAAAGGUGAACCAGGCAUACCUGGCAUAAAUGGACAGAAGGGAGAAAAUGGAUAUGGAAUUCCUGGACGCCCAGGAGAAAGAGGGCUGCCAGGGACACAGGGGCCUCCAGGACCACCUGGACUGGCAGGAAUAGGGAGGCCUGGGGAGAGGGGAUUUCCAGGACAGCCAGGUAUUAAAGGUGAUCGGGGUUUACCAGGCACACCAGGACCAGUUGGCAACCCAGGUCCCCAAGGACCUUCUGGGCAACCUGGAGAGCCAGGAAUAGGAAAGCCUGGUCCAAGUGGGCCACCAGGAUUACCAGGAAUUCCUGGAGCAAAAGGACUUCCAGGCCCCUCAGGCUUGCCUGGACCAUCUGGUCUCCCAGGAUUUGGAAAACCUGGUCUUCCAGGGAUGAAGGGACAGAGAGGUCCUGAAGGCCUAAGUGGCAUUCCAGGAGCAAAAGGAGAACCAGGCCCAGUUGGUGCUCCAGGAGAACCAGGGCCAGCUGGACCUCCUGGGCAAAUGGGCCCACAAGGACUGAGAGGUGCACCUGGUGAAAAUGGCAUUCCUGGAGCAAAAGGUGAACGAGGCCCUGCAGGACCAGCAGGGUUCCCAGGAAUUAAAGGGGACAGAGGUUUACCAGGAGUAGAAGGGAAAUCAGGAUAUCCAGGAGAACGAGGACUUCCUGGCCCAAAAGGACUUCCAGGUUUGCCAGGUUCUAAAGGGGAUACUGGCCAUGUGGGGUCUCCUGGCCUACCUGGCCCAAUGGGUUCAACAGGACCUAAAGGAGCAGCAGGAUUUAAUGGGGAGCAAGGCCCAAGAGGCCCACCUGGAAUACCUGGUACAAGAGGCCCAGUUGGUCCUCCAGGUAUCCCAGGAAUCUCUGGCAGUAAAGGAGACCAAGGAGCACCAGGAUUACCUGGUCCAGCUGGUAUUGCAACAAAGGGCUUAGAUGGACCUACAGGGCCUCCUGGACUUCCAGGUCCAAAAGGCAACAACGGAGAGCCUGGAUUGCCAGGUCCCCCAGGUCCACCUGGCCCUCCUGGAGAAGCAAUAUUCCCAGAAGGCCAGGCACUAGCAGGCGUACCUGUUAUCAAAGCUGGUGCAAGUCAAGGUAUAACUGGAAUGCCUGUUUCAGCUUUCACUGCCAUUCUUUCCAAGGCAUAUCCCACAUCCGCAGUCCCUAUCAGAUUUGAUAAAAUUUUGUAUAACAGACAGCAGCACUAUGACCCCAGAACAGGGAUCUUCACAUGCAGGAUACCAGGACUUUACUACUUUGCUUACCAUGUGCAUGUGAAAGGAACACAUGUUUGGGUUGGCCUGUAUAAAAAUGGUUCACCCAUCAUGUACACCUUUGAUGAGUAUAAGAAAGGGUACCUUGAUCAGGCUUCUGGCAGUGCUGUUGUGGAUCUCAUGGAAAAUGAUCAAGUCUGGUUGCAAUUACCCAAUAAUGAAUCAAAUGGCUUGUUCUCCUCAGAGUACGUCCAUUCCUCCUUCUCAGGUUUCUUAUUUGCUCAAAUUUAACACCACCCUUCUCAAAAAAUUUAAUGAAUCUUAGUAUGUGUAUUUUUAUUUCUAGAUGUCCAGCAAAGGCUAGCUAAAGAAAGCCUAAACAUAAAAUUAAAUUUUAUUGCAAAUGCUGCAUGAUGUGCACUUUUAAACAAAGUUUCAAAAGGUAAUAUAAUUCUUCACAAAAAUGUUAACAUAUGUUAAUGCAACAUAAAGAAAUGUAUUUAAUUUAGAAGUUAAUGUACAUGCCCCAACAUUGAGAUAUGGUAAUUAUGAGAGACUAGGUUUUAUGAAAGACCAGAUAAUGUUUCCAUUAUGUAAGUACAGUAAUUUGCACAUGCUCCUCCAUUCACUAAGUAUUUCCAAAUUCCUUAGGCCUAAUGCUUCCAGCCUUAACCUACCUAUUCCUAAUAAAUCUGAUAAUAACAUUGCACUUUUCCAAACUUACAGUGCAAUGCCGUGCAGGCUUACACCUUUCGAAGCCCACUGACUUCAGUGGACCUCAAAGGGUGAAACUCUGUUCAGGACUGCACUGUUAAUAGUUUUAGGACUGUAGUCUAACACAGGUCACUUUUUUUGUUUCCAAAGUAGACUAAAAUUAUUUUAAUAAUUUAAAAAGAGGCUAUAAUCCAUUUCAAGAUAGUAAACCAACCCCUUAACUACUUUCUUUAGAAAUCAAUGGAGCUUUUAUUUAUUUUAUUAUUAUUUAAGACUGAAUUGUAAGUGGUAAACUUAUAUAUGACAUUUUCCAUGUGAUAAAUACAAUGAUCACUUAAAUGAUCUCAGUGUCAGACUGCUAUAAUUAAUCAGUAAGAAUUAUUAUCUUACCACACCAAGUAAUGAGCUAAUAAAGCAUUAACAUUUAUAUUGUAAAAUAAAAUAUAUGGUGCUACAGAUUAACUGGAAUGUUAAUGUUAUGAAUAAAAUUAGCUUAGCUUUUGUCAACAAGAGACUUCUCUAUUAAAAGAAAAAUAUCCCCAAUACUUUAAAAAGCCUGACUUACAUAUUAGAACAAAACUGCUACCCACAUCAUUUCUCGGAUACUAGAGAAUCUUCUGUUAUAGCUAAUACUUUUAUUAAGAACCUGAAGACAAGGAAUCUUGUUUUGGGUCUUAAACUUACUGACAAUAUAAUCCUAAACAUUUGCAGUGAAUUAUUCACUUUCAAAACCAGCAUACUAUUAAUUUUGUGGCACUGCACCAGCAUGACCGUUUGCAAAUCCCAGCAUAAGCACUUGCAAAGGCCACCUAAAAGAUCACUGGCCCCAGCUCUAAUACAUGCAACAGCUAUUGGUCCUCAUGGGAAUGUAAAUUCCCAUCCAAAUCACAACUUAUGUUCAGCCAGUUCAAUGGGACUUAGGUGAGUAUCAACUGGAGCAUGUGCUGAGAUAUACAGCUGUGCAAAUACAACUGCACAUAAAGAAGGCUGCAUCUCUAUUGCUAGGUAAUAUUGGGGGAGCACAUUCACUGAAUCUAUAAAAGCACAAUACUCAGUCUCAAGGAUGAAUAUAGUUGUUAAAAAAUGUCUCAUUUUAUCCUGAUCAGAGAGUUAACAUAUGGAGGAUAACAAUGUAUCCACUAAGUAACCUUGACACAUUUGUAUGAUUUAAAUUCAUUAGUUUUAUCAUAUGGUGCUUUUACAAUUGUUCAAUUACUGUACCAAGAUGAGACAAGUUAUAAGUGGGAAAGAAAACCACUGAUACCUUAUCUCACAUGAGUUUUUUGUGAUGUCAAAAUUGUUCGCAGUUCUUAUUAUGUUCAUUUGAAACCAGCAUUUUACAUUUUGUUCUAAACACUUCUAGUUGUAUUUUCCAAAUCUAUAUUUAAUAAAAAGUGAAACCUG